GUAAUUGAGAUCCCUAUGCCAGAGUCGCGGCGGCGCACCCACACCCCUCAGAACCAGAGCAAUCCCCACUGCCACCGGCGCCCGACAGCGGAUCCGACGCGGGCGACAUGGGCUUCGUCAACGGCCGCCUCCCACCGCCACCGCUCCUUUCCGCCACGCCCGCUGUCAUGAUGGAGCGCCUCGACACCCGCACCGGCAGCCGCCAAGACGCGUUCGUCGCCCGGCGAGCCGCUCAAGAAGGAUGAUCGCGGCCGCCGCCGCGGCGGCGCUUGCUCCAAAGCCUUGUCUGUCGGCCUCACGGUCGGCGCCUUCACCUGAGGCUUCCUCCUCAACAUCCUCGGCCGCAUGUGAAGCUUCGACUUGGACUGCCUCGUCUCCAGCAACGUCCGCUCCGCUUUGCCUCCGGGGCUCCCACCACAUAUGCAGGCCUCUGCACCCUCGUCGCUUUCGUUGGCGGCAACAUCCCCAUCGAUACCAUCAUCACGCUCAAGUUUCCGCCCACAGUGAUUGUUUCUAUCUCUUAACUCUUGAAGCGGGGGCGGCGCGGCAUGGAUCCCUUGCGAAGACGUGGCUGACGCCGCUCGACGAUUGCACUCUCACCAGAACCGCCUCGGCUUGCUCACGCUGUGGCCAUCAACGUCCUGAGAUCGCCGCGUGCCCGCUAGUGGCAUGCAUGAGCGGGUCCUGCGGCUGGGCCCCCAAUGGGUCAAGGUUCUGUCCUCGGUGCUGACGGUCAUCUUGCUUGCGCGUUCGUCACGGCGGGCACCGGCUCCGUCGGUCCGCAUGCGAUGGAAUUCUUCUAGAGGGUGCUCAACGCCAUCUUG